UCCAAAAGGAAAAGUGUGGGGUAUGUCCGGGGUUUCGGGACGGAGCGUUGAGCGUGGAGUGGGUGGUUCGACGGAUGGCAGGGCCGAAACGUGUCUGUGAGAUCCAUCCACGUCGGCCGUUGCGCCGUUGUGCAGUGUCCCUCGGUCGAGGACCCUCUACUCCUCCAUGGGGAUAUCAGAGAGUAUCUUCCGGAACGACAGGUGAGAUGGCCUUAGCAGAGCUCCGGUCCGGCCAGCCGCCUGCUAAAGAGGUCUCGAUCGGUAGGGGCCAUACCUUCGUUUUGAGUGAGGUUUAUAGAAGACGCAGUGCAAGCUGAAUAGCUGCAGAUGCAUUUGUUGAUUUCGCUCUGUUCUCGAAUCUUUGCAAUUUGAUGCAUGAAACCAUCUGACGGAUUGCUGUGUCCCUAUGGCUGAGAUAUUCAAGUUGCAGAAGGGUUUUUAUUGUGUUUUUAAAGCAUUAACAAGCAGACGCGAUAGAUAACCGAUCCCAAGAGCCGUCAAUCGGCUGUCAGCGGCUGCACCCCAAAAUCCCCAACUUCAAAACGCGAUUCGAGGUUAGAAAAAUGGCUACGCCAACAAUCGACUUACCACCAACAACGUGUGAAGAAGAGGUUACCACGCCCAUAUUGGACAACGCUCAAGGACUAGCCUCUGCAAUAGGAGCAGCAGCAGUGGCGGCUGUAGCUGUCGGGGACGGUCUUACACACGGACUUGGAAGAGUCGCAUAUGGAAAGCCAUACGAUGGUCACAUCUCAGAAGAAGAUGGCCAGUUCCACGAUGUAGAUCACAAAGGCGCACGUGAGGCGAAACAACAGAAAAGCCUUAGGGAGGCCCAAGAGAAGUGGGAUGCUGCAACCAUGGGACCGGUAACAAGGGUCGAAACAGUUAUAGCGGCGGAAGGUGGAGGAGGAGAUGGAAGAGGAGAGCGGGAGGUAUGGGAGGGAGGAGGAGGAGGAGGAGGAGGAGGAGGGCCAGAAGCGGUGCAGUUGCCGCCUAGAAAAGGCGCUGAUGUGGCAGGUCAACAGGUCAGAGCUGCUCUUUCCCGCUCCCGCCUUGGUCGUUCAAACCCCUCCAGCACAAGCUCCAGCUCAGGCUCACUAUCAGGCGCAUCCCCUUACAACGCUACCAAUACUACUGUCGCUGUUACAGCUGCUGCUUCCAACAAUAGUCCCAAUAACCUCAACUUCAUACAAACCGGUCGCGUCACCAAGUCUCGUCAUCGCUCUUCUCUUUCCGCACCAAUCGCAGCGUCGCUUGUGAACGCUGCUGCUACGGAGAGUGCAAGAUUAUCCUACGAGGCAAAGCUUACGGCGGCACUAGCUGCUAACAUCGCCGGUACAAUGGCGGGUAGCCAGUCAACCACGACGACGACAGCUCUCCCCUCGCUAAAAUCGAACGGCCUCUCCUCGCUGUCACAAAAGGCCAAAACAAAUGGAACGACACCGACCCUUAGCACCGCCUCUUCUAUGGACAAAGAUGCUCCCGUGAUUUCCUUUUGGGGCCCAGAGCCAAUUGCUCUGCCCUCCCGCUUCGCCCGCAUCAAGCGCAACCUCAUCAGUGGUCACGAAGCUGAGCUCGAAGCUAGUUGGGCCCGCCUCAUUACUGCACUUCGCAAAGAGGUCAGUCAUAUAGAGGACCUUGGGGCCCACCUCAUUCCUUCAAUUGAGUUUGGCGACCUAGAUGACUCUGUUCAGACUGCGCGCUUUGGACAUGAUUUAAGGCGCUACGGUGUCGGCGUCGUCCGCAAGGUCGUACCAAGAGCAGACACAGAUACUGCAGUUCGCGAAACGGUCGACUAUCUCGAUAGCAAACGCCACAUCAAGGCACUCCAGCAGCAUGAUCCAGCCUGUUUCGACUUCUUUUGGACACCAGCUCAAGUCCGCUCGAGAGCGCACCCCAAUGUCCUCAGCGCCCAACGAUUUAUGAUGAGCCUAUGGGAGACCGACCCAGAUGAUCAGCUUGUCACAAGACUCCCUAUCACAUAUGUCGAUCGCAUACGCGUGCACGGAAAUGGAGAGAACCAGUCUAACGGUCUAAAUGUGCCGCCACUCGAACCGCCACAAUCCGCCGACGAUUGGAUCCAGGCAUUACAAUCAUCUGCGGGUAUCACAGCACAAGUUGACAACGGGUCCCUGGAGCGCUGGGAGCCCGACGGCUAUCAACGCGCCGGCACCUAUAACCAUAUCUUUCAUGGUCAAUGGGAAGACUACGAUCCUUGGAAAUGUACCAGUCGUACUUCUGUAACAACUGAUCUUUACAAUGGCUACGGUGCCUGCACUAUCUUCCGCAUGUUUCAGGGCAUUUUGGCACUUUCCACUGUCGAACCGGGCAUGGUUCGCCUCUUGCCUUCUCCCAAGCUUGCAACAGCUUACUACCUCCUCCGACCCUUUUUUACAACCAAGAAUCCUCCACCAGAGAAUCGCGCUGGGCCUGAAUGGGAGGCAUAUCUUGCUCCCGAGAAUUGGAAGCUGCAAACUGAGCCUGAUUCCAUCAUUCACGGAGCCGUCCCGGGACACGCACAAAGAAUUACCGAAACAUGGCACCCCCAUUUGCAUCUACGAAAUAGCAUGAUUACUUUGCCAACUCUUCAGCCUGGAGACUACAUAUUCUGGCACCCUGACCUUCCAUACUACCUCUCCAGUAACAACUAUGGUCUGAAAACACCUAGUGGAAGCAAGAGUGAAGUCAGCAUGCUCGUGUACAUUCCGGCAGCCCCGCUCACGCAAACAAAUGCACUCUAUCUCGCGCGUCAAAGGAAGGCAUUCCAAAGGGGCCAUCCCGGCCCGGACUUUGAUUCCACAGGAAGAGGGAUUGUUGAAGAAGAUGCCGAAACACGGCCUGGUGAAAAGGAAAUUGCCGAAGUCGGAGGCCCCUCUUCAUUACAGGCUAUGGGUCUUGCGCCGUGGGAAGUUGCAGGCACUCGCUCCGGAUCACCACCCUCGGAAAAGUCCAAGUCUAAGGCCGAUGAGGACGUUGAGAUGGAGGGAGACGGAGAUGUCAAGAGUCUCACAAGCACAUCACCGAUUUCUCGCGCGGAGGCUGAGGUCGUGCGCUUAGCCAAUAUCAUCCUUUUUCCAGAUCGCUCAAUGCUGGGGUACUCGGUUUGAAAGAAGCAUAAAUUUGCUAGCCGGGACUCUGUCUUUCGUCUCCUAGUUAGUUUGACAUCACACUUACAUUGCCCUUUUUGGACUCUUUGUGAUAUUUCAUACUGAUAUGUGGUCCAAUGGUAUACAGGAGAUUGAUUAGAUGCAUCAUGAAGGAGUCAGGCGUUUACCUAAGGAUUGAAACUAGACAGAAACUUUUGUUAUUUUAUUUACAUAAACGAAGAAAUACAUCUCUUGUGCUCAAA